AACACACAGUACAAUCAUGACUUCCACGGCAGCUCCAAUUCACCUGCACAGGUUGGUCCCCCGCCUAUCUCACGUGGCUACCGUGCGAUCCACCUUUUUUUACCCUUCACAUUACUGUUUGUCCACUGCCAUGGGCGCUCAAUCCCCAUGGACAGCAUUACAGUACUUUCACCAUGACAUGGGUUUGCAACACACUGCAAGUAAGGCCUCCAAAUUGAGGUAUGCUAUCUACAGGACUAGUUCAACUGCCGGACCAUCAGUGAAGUAUGGAAAGCGGACUUUUGCAGGAUUAAAGGUAAGUGUACAAACAAUCCAAGAUGGCAUGACGCUGGGCCUUCCACGCAAACCUGCUGACUUGGAAAGCGGCUGUCUUUGUCCAAGACUAGUUGCUGGGUGAUGGCGCUAAUUCUGGCCACUGGGUCGGAUAUGAUAUAUACAUACCUCAUGAAUAGAAAGCGAGAAUCCAGUCUUGAGAGUUCACUGGCUCUGGGAUCGGUUCCUGAUAUUGAAGAUGCAAGCGUGCUGGCCCCGCGUACCAGCCUCAAGGCAUCUAUCUCAUCACUGUUACAGCCAGCCUUUGACCACGGUCAAUAUGGGAUGAUUAUCGGGAACCACGGGACUGGAAAGACAACUUUGGUCCGCGGGGUUGCACAUCAACAUGCCGGGAUCUUAUAUGUCGACAUCCAGCCUUCUGGUAUUACCGAGCAAGAGUUUGCUGAAACGGUGGCCAAGGCACUUCACUUCUUUCCGAGAAGUCGUGUGUGGUUCAACAUGAUCUUAUCGGAAUUGGGGAUUGUCACCCAUGAUGUGGAAGGUUGGUUCCAAUUCACACAAGAAUGUAAUUGCACCGGAGGCUAACCUGAAUUCAGAUAAAAGAACGUACCUGGUCCAAGUGUUUGACGAAUUCACCAGGCAGGCGAUGAGAUAUCGCAAGAAGACCAACCGCCCUCCUGUACUUGUGUUGGAUAACAUCAACCUGCUUGCGGCUGGGAAUCCCGGACUUCUCAAUAUUCUGCAAGACAUCGCCAAGGAUGCAGCAGAUGACGGACUUUUUAUUACGAUUUUCGUAGCAAGUGAGGGUCAAGCUGCACGGCAAAUGUUAGGUAUAGUUGCUUUCUAUUCAAUUACUAUGAUCCUUCAUGAAAAAUAAGAAACUAAUAUGAUACAUUUUGGGCCUGUGAUGGCAGGUCGCUCAGCCUGGUCUCGUCUUGGUAAGGUGAUUGUUGUGGAAGAUUUAAGUAAGGAAGAGGCCUUAUACUAUCUUUGUAAUCAGCAUGAGAAGCAUCCCCAUAUUGCCGAAGCUGUGUAUGAGUUCACCGGAGGCCGAAUUUCCUUUCUGAACACAGCACUUGCUCACCUUAACUCCGGAAAUACGAUUCCGGGUAAGUUUGAAACUGGUUGGCCACCGCCUCACUUCAAUAUGAAUUACUAACCGCAAGGAGUUAAUGCAGGUAUCCGUCAGCAGUUCUUGAAUGCCGGGAGGGAAAUCUUUACGAAGGCUAAACGCAUGCCUAACAACGAGUUUAAGCUAGUUUGCCUACCACUAGCAAGAAAGAUGUUAGCCACUGGAGCGAUUAGUUAUGAAGACUUCCAGGAGUUGGCCGGAACUCCCACCACUGCCAAUAACCUACUUGCUAUUAAAAUCUUCACCCUGUUGCGUUAUUCCAACAUGGUUGUGUUUGAGUCCAAACCAAUUCAGCUGGUGGCCCAAGAGGUGGUAGAUGAUGCUUCAAGGGGAUGGAGAUCCUGCCUGUCUUUGGUCUAAGUUGUGGCCCACUGUCGGAUUGGGGUUGGGGGGGGGGUUGUUAUGGUGGUUGGGUCCUUGUGGGGGUGCGGUUU